UAUAUAUGGGGCGGUUCAUGAAACUGGAGUUCUCUAAAUUAGAGGAGAAAAAGUUUUCAUACUGAACAAAAAAUUUCAACGCAUUUAGACGUUUUACAGGCUUUUAUAACUGCGUGCAAUACAACACAUCUAAGGAUGACAUCACAAUUCCAGCAUGUUCCGAUUAUCGAAGUUGACAAAGAUAAUUUCACUGAGAUGUGGCCACAAAUUCUACUGGCCAUGAAAACUUCUACAUUCAUCUCUAUUGAUGCAGAAUUGAGUGGGUUGGGAGAGAGGAAAAAACUAAAUUCCAAAGAUGUUGAAGAGAGAUAUAGUUUAAUGUCAGAGGUGGCCAGAACUAGAUCCAUUCUGUCAAUUGGACUUUCAUGCUUCAAGAUUCAGCCACCUCGUAGCCCAGAAUCAGAGAAAUCUGAAAAUAUGGACAAGUCAUUGACAUUUCUGGUACAGACUUUUAACCUGGUGUUGCUAUGUUGUCAGGAUUACAUUGUGGAACCCAUGUCUCUAGAGUUCCUAGUUAAUCAUGGCUUUGACUUCAACAAGCAGUAUGCUAAAGGAAUACACUAUUACAGAGGGAAUGAUAAGAAAGAUGCAAAGAAAGACCAGAAAAUGAUGCGUCAAUUAUUCUCUGAACUAUUAAUUGCCCAAGUCCCUAUAGUUUGCCACAAUGGACUAGUCGAUCUGGUGUACUUACGUCAGAAUCUCUACGCAGAACUUCCUGGGAAACUUUCCACUUUCAUUUCUGAUCUCAGUGAAAUGUUUUCUGCUGGUGUUUAUGAUACAAAAUAUAUUGUGGAGUUUGAAUCUCGAAUGCAAGCUACAUAUUUGGAGUAUGUCUUCAAGAAAAGCCAGAGAGAUAAUAAUGUAAAUGCCACAACCGGCAAAAGAUUCGUCAAGUUAGACUUUAUCAAGUACCCAGAUAGCUUCCUAAAUGUGGUGCUAACUCAGUGUGUACCUGAAGAGGUGCAAGCUUCUAUUGAUGCUAUGCAAGUCUGUGAAAACUAUGCAAACUUUGGCUGGUGCAGUCUAGGUAGCACAUGCCCAAAAUCCCACAAUUUGGAUGAUAUUCUCGAUCAUGAAAAUUCAGUCCUAGACAAGAAAGCAGAGAAAAAGAAAAACCGUAGGAAAAGAAAAAGGAAACAGUCUAAUAAUACUGAGACUGAGGACAUAGAAAAUGAAGAAUCAUCAAUGAGUAGACCUGAAACCAAUGUGCUUAAUAAGGAACUUGAUAUGACAACUAAUGGUUUAGCUUCGGCUGUAAUUGGUACCCCUGCUGAAUCAGGUGUCAAAAUUCAUUCUUCAGAGACAAAAAGUGUUGACGAUGCCCCAGAUAGAAACAGUACUGGCACCGUCAUUACCAGUGCCACUUCACAUUUAACCAGGGGACAAAAUGGUGGGCAUCGUGCUGGCUUCGAUGCCUUUAUGACUGGCUUUGCAAUGGCAACGUUUAUUACUAAAUGUGGAAAAUAUGAGACGAAGGACAUUUCAGCUAAAACUAUAAUGGCAGAUUUUAAAAUUGAGUCAUUGGUAAAUCGUGUCUUUCUUUGUGGAAAAGAUUUUCCACUUCAAAUCGCUAAAAGCAAUUUUUCCAAGACAUCAAAAGAUCACUCAGAAAAAUGGGAAAAGUUAUGUAUAUUGGCUGGUCAGAAAUAAAAAUUCAGUUGUCAUAUCAAAGGUCUUGUUGUGUUUAUCCCACCAAAAAGAAAAGCCUUAUGGGAAUAGUACUUCUGCUUGAAAAGGAAUUUUCAAUAUG